AUGAUACUGUCGGUACAACUUACAGCUAGUUCAUGGUACAGGAACCCUAUAUCCUUAUUGGACAGUAUUCUGGGACUUCGGGAUUGUGAUAUCUCGAUAUUGAGCCGUCGGGUGUUUCAUUACAUAAAGCAUGUACGAUUCAAAACACCAUCCAAUGAAGAUUUCUUUUUUGAUAUAAAUGGAGAUCCGCCAGCCGUGUUUGAUAUUAUCAAUUGGCAGUUAUCUGAUGAUGGAAAACUGCAGUAUGUCAGCGUUGGAAUCUUUAACUACACAGGGAUAGUGGGUCAGAGGUUCAAACUUAAUGAAAGCACCAUUAAAUGGAAUGCUGGUUUACAAGAGACUCCUCAUUCAGUAUGUAGCGACAGCUGUGCACCUGGUUACCGGAAAGCAGUACGUCAGGGAGAACCAGUCUGCUGUUUUGACUGCAUUCCAUGUUCUAAAGGGGAGAUCAGCAAUCAAAGUGACUCUGUGGAAUGCUUCCGAUGUAACAGAGAUCAGUGGACAAAUGAGAAACAAGAUGUCUGCCUCCCAAAGCAAGUAGAAUUCCUGUCCUACGAUGAACAUUUAGGUAAAGCCCUAGCUGUCAUUAGCAUCAUCUUCUCUCUGAUUCCUGUCUACAUUCUUGGUCUGUUUGUGAAACAUCGUGAAACACCUAUUGUGAAAGCAAACAAUUGUGAACUCAGCUACCUUCUCCUCUUCAGUCUUGUGCUGUGUUUCCUCUGCUCACUGAUAUUUAUCGGAUAUCCCUUGAGAGGAACUUGCUUACUUCGACAGACUGCAUUUGGUAUUACAUUUGCCAGCUGUGUCUCCUGUGUUUUAGCUAAAACUGUUACUGUUGUCAUUGCCUUCAGUGCUACAAAACCUGGCAGCAAAUUACAACAAUGGGUGGGGUUCAAGUUACCUGCUACUAUCAUAAUCUGUUGCACUCUUCUUCAGGUGAUAAUCUGUAUAGUGUGGUUGGCACUAUCUCCUCCUUAUCCAGACUUCAACACUUCUGCCAAAAUUGGGAUUCUAAUUAUUGAAUGUAAUGAGGGAUCAGCCAUUGCAUUCUGGUGCAUGCUGGGAUAUAUGGGACUUCUGGCUAGUGUCAGCUUUGUAGUUGCCUUCCUGGCUAGAAACUUGCCAGACAGCUUUAAUGAAACCAGAUUUAUUACCUUCAGUUUACUUGUGUUUGUCAGUGUCUGGUUAUCCUUUGUUCCUGCUUAUCUCAGUACUAGAGGAAAAUAUAUGAUUGCUGUAGAAAUAUUUGCAAUUUUGUCUUCAGGUAUGGGACUUCUGACAUGUAUAUUUUUCCCAAAGUGUUAUAUUGUUUUGCUAAGACCAGAAAUAAAUACAAAAGAAUAUUUAAUGGGAAGAAGCAAUGCUAGGAAAACUGAAAGAAACCAUGUUAAUGGCUAA